CUUUGUCGCUUGCAAUCCACCACCACCGGCUCACUUUGCUGACGUGAAAGCCAAGGCAAAUCGGUCUUCAAGCAACCCCUUCCAUGGCCGUCUACUUAUCUCUCACUCGCACACUCUACUCUGACCAUUUCAAAACCAAAAUUAACCCCGCACCAGUUUUGCUGCCAUGAAAUUUCCUCAUCUCUAUUAUGCGAAAUUUCUAUGCGGUGAAGUAACAAUGAGUUCGUGCAAGGCAGCUUCUAGCUUCUCUUCUUUUCUUUGCUUCUUCCUCGGGGCUUGUUGCGUGUAUCAGUGUUUUGCCUUAGAAGUUGGAGCGAACGUUACUGCACGGCUGAUCGUAGAUGCCUCUCAGGGAGCGAGCCGCCCCAUGCCUGAAACUCUAUUCGGAAUAUUCUUUGAGGAGAUCAAUCAUGCCGGGGCUGGUGGGCUAUGGGAUGAGCUAGUAAGCAAUAGAGGAUUUGAAGCAGGGGGCCCUAACACUCCCUCUAACAUUGAUCCUUGGUCAAUUAUUGGAGACGAGUCAUCCGUAACUGUAUCAACAGAACGCUCAUCAUGUUUUGAGCGCAAUAAGGUUGCUUUACGGAUGGAAGUGCUAUGUGACAGCAGAGGUGCUAACAUCUGUCCAUCUGGGGGAGUUGGUGUUUAUAACCCAGGUUUCUGGGGCAUGAAUAUUGAACAAGGCAAGAAGUAUAAAGUUGUACUUUAUGUGCGUUCCCCGGGAGCCAUUGAUUUGUCUGUAUCCUUGACAAGCUCAAAUGGGUCACGGACACUUGCUUCCUCUAACGUAAUAGCUUCUAGUUCCGAUGUUUCAAACUGGACAAAGAAGGAGCUUUUGUUGGAGGCCAAGGGAACAGAUCCUCAUUCAAGACUUCAGUUGACAACAGCAAGAAAGGGGGUAAUAUGGCUUGAUCAAGUAUCAGCCAUGCCUUUGGACACGUACAAGGGGCAUGGUUUCCGAAGCGAUCUUGUUGAAAUGCUUUUAGAUAUAAAGCCUCGAUUUAUUAGAUUUCCAGGUGGCUGUUUUGUUGAGGGAGAAUGGUUAAGAAAUGCUUUUCGUUGGAAAGAAAGCAUUGGACCUUGGGAAGAGAGACCUGGGCACUUUGGCGAUGUUUGGAAUUAUUGGACUGAUGAUGGGCUAGGUUACUUCGAGUUUCUUCAACUAGCAGAAGACCUUGGUGCAUUACCAAUUUGGGUGUUCAACAAUGGGAUCAGCCAUAAUGAUCAAGUUGAUACGUCCACUGUCUUACCUUUUGUGCAAGAAGCCCUUGACAGUAUCGAGUUUGCUAGAGGUGAUCCUGAUUCUAGAUGGGGUUCUGUUCGAGCUGCAAUGGGACAUCCAGAACCUUUUGACUUGAGAUUUGUUGCACUGGGGAAUGAGGAUUGUUGGAAAAAGAAUUACAGAGGAAACUACCUCAGGUUCUAUUAUGCUAUAAAACGAGCCUUUCCAGACAUCAAAAUAAUAUCGAAUUGUGAUGGCUCUUCUCGUCAAUUGGACCACCCAACUGAUUACUAUGAUUUUCAUGUUUAUACAUCUUCAAGCAACUUGUUCUCUAUGUCUCAUAAAUUCGAUCAUGCAUCUCGCAAUGGUCCAAAGGCUUUUGUUAGUGAAUAUGCUGUGACCGGAAAAGAUGCUGGCACUGGAAGCCUUUUAGCAGCACUUGCUGAAGCAGGAUUCCUUAUUGGGCUUGAAAAGAAUAGUGAUCUUGUUGAGAUGACAAGCUAUGCACCUCUUUUUGUGAAUGUCAAUGACAGGCGGUGGAACCCAGAUGCAAUUGUCUUUGACUCCUAUCGGCAAUAUGGAACCCCUAGCUACUGGGUACAACAAUUUUUUGCAGAGUCAAGUGGAGCAACUCUUCUCAAUUCAACACUUCAGAUAGACUCCACUUCACUUAUUGCCUCUGCAAUUUCUUGGCAAGAUGAAAAGGCUGACAAAAAAUACAUAAGAAUAAAGAUUGUAAACUUUGGGAGCAAUGCAGUGACUCUCAGAAUUUAUGUAGAUGGAAUGGAUCCAAAUGUAGCACGGUUGUCUGGAUUAACAGAGACUGUACUUAGAUCUGAUAAUGUGAUGGAUGAGAACUCCUUUGAGAAUCCAGAAAAGGUGGUACCACGCCUAACUAACAGAAAUGCGGGACUGGAAAAUGCUGGAGAAGACAUUGAAGUUGAAUUGUCACCUCAUUCUUUUACUUCAUUUGAUUUGUUGAAAGAAUAUGCGAAUAUAAGGAUUGCUGGAUUUGAUUCUUUCUCAAAAUCGUCCACUUGAAUGGUAAAAUCCAGUUGUAUCGCGAAUGCAUAGACUUGAAUAAAACUAUAAUUCUGUUAUUUAUCACGAGUAAUUAUGUACAUGAAGUGUUAUAUGUAAAUAUGCUUACAUGGACAAUGGGGUGAUUGUCUCCUGCAAGUGUUGUAUUGCUGAAUUUACAUGGAAGAUCAGAUGAUGUAGGGACUUCUAAAA